AUGUAUGCUUCAGGAUGGGGUGAGGGGGGUGAGGCUUGGGUGUGGCGGAGGCAGCUGAGGGCAUGGGAGGAGGAGAUGUUGGGAGAGUGUCAGUCUUUACUACUCACCAUUAUCUUGCAGACUCAUUCUUUUGACAGGUGGCAGUGGCGUCCUGAACCUGAUACAGGUUACUCUGUUAGAGGAGCUUAUAAGCUUCUUACUUCUCAUGUUUCGGCUACUUUGGAUGAUGCGGAUAACCUUAUUUGGCACCCUCAGGUUCCUUUGAAGGUUUCCAUAUUCGCAUGGCGCUUAUUGCGUGACAGCUUAUCUUGCAAGAAAAUUGGUGUUAAUGACAAGGUAAAUGCUGAGUGUGGUAGAAUUAAAAGCACUAGUCAACCUCCGCAACAGACAAAUUCUGCUACAAAGAAUCAGUAUUAA